CAGAGAGGAGAUCCGAGCGAGACCGAAAAUACGCUGCAUAACGCCGGUAGACGGGGAAAGGUGCAGCGGGGGUGCUGCACCGAACCUUCGCGAUGGUGGGGAUGGACCGCGGCGGGUCGAGAGUCGUAGGCGCGAAAUGGUCGUAGGGAAGGGAUGAGGCGCGGGAGAAGAGAGCGGGUAUAAGAGCGAGAGAGAGAGAGAGAGAGAGUGCAACGGGCGGUGGAGGGGGGGAGAAGGGCGAAUGGUGGCGCGGAGCGACCCGAGCGACCAACCGUCUACCAGUCAGUCAUUCGUGCUCCGUCGUACGAGUGAGAUCGCGGCGGUGUGGUUACUCGCGCGCGCGCGACGACGGCAACGACGACGACGACGACGACGACGACGACGACGACGACGACGACGACGACUACUCGACGACGUCGUCGUCCGACAGUCUGCGGGUCGCCGGUGUGGACGUACAACGCGAGGACGCGGCGGACCGCGACGUCCGGAGGCAGCGAUAGUAGCAGGCGGAGCGGUGGCAGUAGGAACACCAGCAACGGACCGUUUCUCGUGCACGCAUCCUCUCCUCUUCCGCGUUCCUUCCCGUCGGACGACGACGAGGCGUGGACCUGGAGCAACAAGAGGGACUCAGCCGACGAGCGCGCUGCUCCGGGGUACGCGAAUGGGCUGAGAGACCCGUUCCGAAGCAAAGAGGUAUCUCCCAUCCAACUCAGCCAGGACCUUGGUGGUACAAUCUCCUCGUCUCCUGUGGUGCGCCCAGGGGAGCGAUGCGAUGCUCGAUGACGUGAUCGACCUCUCGGUCAGCUACGUGCCGUGACCUCGUUCGAGUGGCUGGCCAUUCACUUCUUCGCGGACGAGCAUCAUCGUACCAAAUUCUAAGAGUACGACGAAACGCUAAAACCAAAUCGAGGAUCUCAUCCUUUCUUUUUUCUUCUUCGAAAGAGUCAAGAAACGAAGAGAAGUUUCAUGGAAGAGGGCGUCUCCCGAGGCAUCGACUCGUUCACGUUCUCGAAAAGAGAGAAUGUGCGAGAGGACGUCGAGAUCAUGAGGGUAUCUUUGUAACGACGGGUAUCGUAUCUCUUUGAUAGGACGAAGGCCGGGACGGUUGAGAUGCGCGGAAGGCAAGCCUGACCAAAUGCCUUGCUGACACCUGAAGAAAAGGGCACAGUGGAGGUAUUCCAGAGGUAUGAUAAACGCGUGAGGAACGGAACGUUGACGACGUCACGUGAGUUACUGAGACGUGUCGGCGAAAAAUUCCACGCCGACAAAGUGCAUACACUUGCUCUGCUGCACUCGAGAAGAACGAGAGAGAAAGAGAGAGAGAGAGAGAGAGAGAGAGAGAGAGAGAGAGAGAGAGAGAGAGAGAGAGAACGCGCGAGCGAAGAUACGAUCGAGAAACAAGAGAUUUAACACAAUAUUCAUUACAAACGGAGGAAAUGAAGACAUGAAGAUAUGUAAAACCUUCAGCAAGCGGACGUGACUAUGAGAGUCGACGGACGAAGAUUCAAGAUCGGAUCAGAAGAUUUUUUCAUUAAGCCAGGAGAAUUAGACGCGACAAUCUCUGAAAGCCGAUAAAUUGAAUUGGCUCAGUUUGAAUAGAGGAAACGACAGGGAGCAUCUUGCGGAAGAUGACAAAUCUCUGAUCUUAUUGAGGUUCCCUCCCUUGCGAGACAAGGUCGCGUUGGAUGUCCGCGCGGGGCGGAUCGGGAAGGCCAUUCGCUACGACGACACGGCGACGACGACGACGACGACGGACAUCCGCGUUCGCGGUCGCCCCCGCGACGCUGACACCGCGAGAAUCAUUCUGUCGUUUUCCCCACCCGUCGACGGCCACAUGACUUGACGAUUGCCUCCUUCUCCUCCCGCUGCUGCUCCUGCCCGUUGACCGAAGGCGGCGGUGCGGCAGUGGCGGCGACGACGUCACACGGCGACGUCGACGUGGAUGAUAGCGACGGACGAGGAGUCAACGGCUGACGCAGCCCGGUGGUGGAGGUCCGGGGUACUUAAAACGAGUGACACGCGGCGCCGGCGAGUCAGUCAUUCGCAAGCGGAGUUGGUCCGCAGGUGCGGGGAGACGUGGGUGGAUGCUGCGAGACGCGUAUGUGUGUAGGUGUGCGUGUGAGUGAUCGCGUUUUCCUGGAUCGUCGUCCGCGCGUACACGUGCGUGAUCCGUAGAAAGGGACUUCCCCUCCUCACACACGCACAGAACAGGCACAAAAGGAUCGGCCAAGCAGAAUCACAGCAGGGAACCAAAGAGAGAAAUAGGGAGAGAGAGAGAAAGAGAGCGCAUACGUAAAGUAGGCUGUGGAUCCUUCAUCUCAGUUUCGGCAACCGUGGUGCGUCGUGACGAUUGCAGUGUUUAUCGUGGUGGCACGGUGUUACCGUCCUGUCGCUGCUGCUCUGGCAAGCGGUGGAAGCGGUGGCGACGGUGGCGGUGGUGUUGGUGGUGGAUACAUAUAUAUAUAGCAGUGGAUGAAAACGGUGGCCCGCGGGGGUGGCGAAACUGGAGCAGCCGGUGGCGAUCGUCGUCGUCGGUGCAGCGGAGGAGCUAUCAUGUGCACGCGGCGGAUUUUCGGACUGGCGGUCGUGGCCCUGCUGACUCUCGGCGGUCGAGCGCGCGCGUACACCAACCAGUGGGCGGCACACAUCGAUGGAGGAGAGGAGGUGGCCAAGCGAGUCGCCGAGGACUAUGGAUUUCGCUAUUUGGGCAAGGUAAGAGUGCGCUAGUCGAAAGGAAACGUGUUCACCGUACCGUUAGAUAAUCGAAACGCACCAUUAUAGUUGGAGAACGACAGUUGAGUAGGUUUCAAAGCUUAUUGGCCAUGUGAAGAAUACUUUUUACGACUGACUCGGGUCUCCAGAAAGUAACUAGGAUAAAAAGAUAAAUGAUGAUUGGUUCCACAUGGAGCAUCGAUCCGUGGCAAAGAGGUCGACGGAACCGCAUCUCGAAGUGCACCAGAGGCUAAUGAAUGACUCCAGAGUACGUCGAGCGGAGCAGCAGCGAGCAAAAUCACGCAGCAAAAGGGAUCUUAUAAUCAAACGUCCGUCCAAUAUACUAACCAUGCUAAACGAUGAGAGGUGGCCUCAGAUGUGGUACCUGAACAGGGGAAAGGGGUUGGACAUGAACGUGCAGGGUGCUUGGACUGAGGGAAUUACUGGAAAUGGCAUCGUAGUCACAAUACUUGACGAUGGAUUGGAGAAAGAUCAUCCUGAUCUUUAUAAAAAUUAUGACCCUCAGGCGAGUUACGACGUUAACAGUCACGAUGAAGAUCCCAUGCCGAGGUACGAUCUGGUAGAUAGCAAUCGACACGGCACCAGGUGCGCCGGAGAGGUCGCAGCCACUGCCAACAAUUCUCUUUGCGCUGUAGGUGUUGCUUUUGGAGCCGGCGUAGGUGGUGUUCGAAUGCUGGACGGCGAUGUGACAGAUGCCGUCGAAGCAAGAUCCUUGAGCCUUAAUCCCCAACACAUUGAUAUUUAUAGCGCCUCAUGGGGACCGGAUGACGAUGGAAAAACUGUAGACGGUCCUGGUGAAUUGGCCACCAGAGCUUUCAUCGAAGGAAUCACCAAAGGUCGCAACGGUAAGGGUUCGAUCUUCGUGUGGGCGUCCGGGAACGGCGGCCGGGACCACGAUAACUGCAAUUGUGAUGGCUAUACCAAUAGUAUCUGGACGCUGUCGAUCAGUAGUGCGACAGAGAACGGCCUUGUGCCGUGGUACAGCGAGGCGUGCUCGUCCACCCUCGCCACUACAUACAGCUCGGGUUCUACCGGUGAGAAACAGGUCGUCACUACGGAUCUGCAUCAUCACUGUACUAGCAGCCACACUGGCACCUCCGCAUCGGCGCCGCUGGCGGCUGGCAUUUGCGCGCUCGCCCUGGAAGCGAAUAGAGAUCUUACCUGGCGGGACAUGCAACACAUCGUAGUCAGAACCGCUAAACCUGCGAACCUGCAGGCACCCGAUUGGGUGGUCAACGGUGUCGGCAGAAACGUGAGCCACAGCUUUGGUUAUGGACUGAUGGACGCCACUGCCAUGGUACGCUUAGCGAGAAGAUGGCGAACCGUCCCGGAGCAGCACAGAUGCGAAGUAUCGGCGCCGCAUACGGGCAGGACGAUACCACCAAAGAGCCAAUUGGUUCUUGACUUACAUGUCAAGGAGUGCAGCGGUGUUAAUUUUCUCGAGCAUGUUCAGGCGAAGGUAUCGCUGAUGGCAGCGAGACGAGGGGAUCUUCAAAUUCAACUUACAUCUCCUCAAGGUACAAAGAGCACUCUUCUCGCUAAAAGGCCACACGACAUUUCGAAGGCCGGUUUCAGCCAAUGGCCAUUCAUGUCAGUGCAUACGUGGGGAGAGAGACCGCACGGCACUUGGAAAUUAGAAAUUCACAAUGAGGGUCGGUACCUCGGACGCGCAACUCUCCACGAGUGGGCGCUGAUUUUCUACGGCACUGCAACGCUGCCCGAUCGAACUGAAUACGCCCUUUAUAAUCCGGCCGGCAUGAGUAUACCUAGACGACCGUUCGUUAAACCGCGCGAGACUAUCCCGAAGAGCCAGAACACCCUGGCGAAGGGCAAACAGACGCAGCAUAAAUCCGACAAGUCUGGCAGUCUGAGCCCGCCCUACGUGAUGAACGCUCAGAUUCAGUCUCAGAGAAAGGGCAAGGCCCGCGGGCAACACAAGAACGGCAAGUCGGCCAAUCGGCCGAAUCCUAAGCCCACCGCUCAAACUCUUCGAGGUCUCACCGGCAUCAACAGAGGGCCCAACGUAGCCGGUGACGUGCGUCUAAUUACGUCAAGACCACGUGGUAGAAGUACACCGAGCCCUAUUACUAGCACCGUGACCCAGCUUGUUGCGACAACGAAGGCGCCGGCCACAACGAUAAGCAAACAGAUUAUCACACAGAAGAUUAUCGACGUGGUUACCGCGGCGCCCCUUCAAAGGGGACUGAUCUUGUUAGAGCCACCGGCAAAGGCGGCCACUAACAAGGUUCCGGAAGUAUUUCAACAAUAUCCCAAGAUCCAGCAGCUCUAUCCGGUUUAUGGUGGAACACGCGGCGCCGGUCAGCACGCUACAAGAGCCAAAGGACUCGAUUUGCUGCAGGACGAGCAAUUUGACCCAAGGAAUCUGCAGUUGGACAAGGACACGUUGGAAGAAUGGAAGCUCGUAUUCUUCGGCACGGAUACCUCAGUGGAAGUCGACGACGAGCUAGACAAGGACAAACCGCUGCCGCCAGUGGUCCAGGAGGAAGUGAACAACACGCCUUCGGACGUGCGGCAUAACGCUGUAGACACCGAGGGUGAUCCGUGGACAGGUAGCCGGCAGAUGAAUCGGGUGUCACACCCGGAGGUGCAGAGGCCAACGACGGAGAACCAGACGAGCGGCUGCGCCGCCUUCGAAGCCGGAGGCAACGGGUGCCUAGUGUGCAAACCAGAUUGGUAUCAGAGCAACGGUAGCUGCUUGCAACAGUGUCCAUCUGGAACUUACGUGGUCCGAGAUGGCGAUUCUAGUGCUUUUUGCACCGCAUGCCAUUAUUCGUGCCUAACUUGCAAAGGACCUAGCGACUCUGACUGCAUCACGUGUCACACGGAUUCGACGUUCGUGUGGAGUAACGGAAAGGCACUGUGCGUGCUGAGCAACAUUUCCUGGCAAAUACAGUCUACAGUGUGGUUCCGCAGGUUGACUGUGGUGUUCUUAAUCAAUUUAGGUCUAGUGAUCGCUAUUAUUAUUUACUUUAUGUCCCUCUGGUACAUUCGUAAACGUAAAUCCGUCCAUAAAUACAGCAAAGUAUUUAUAUCUUACUCUGGUAACGGCGAAGUCAAUGCGGAUACGGAAUUAAAAAAUGCUUACAUCUCUGAAAGCGAGUAAGUCUAUCACUAACGCUAAAAAAUAUUUUUGAAAAAAGAUUAUGAAGUUAUCAAGAGCAUUUUGAAAAUAUUCUGAUAUUCCAUCUUUCAAAACUGUUCUUUAUUAAGAUAUUGGAUAUAAUAUUUUGAAGAUAUUUUAGGAACAUCUUUAUAUAAAACAUCUUGAUAAAGAUAUAUUUUCUCUCUCUCUCUCUCUCUCUUUCAUUUUCAUAUCGUGAGAAUAUU